AUGCAUGGCAACAACAUGACGGUCCUCGAGAUGGAACACAACGUAGUCGACUUCCUCGUACUCUGCUCCACACCCUGGAAUAAUGACUUCCAAGAUCCACAUGCAGUGGUGGCCCUACUUCAGAACGAUUUGGUGGUCGUUGACCUGACCUCACCCGGCUACCCCUGUUUCGAGAACCCAUACCCCAUGGAUAUCCAUGAAUCGCCAGUGACCGUCUGCUGCUACAUAGUCGACUGCCCCCUCGACCUCAUCCCGGCGUUCUACUCCGUUGGGAGCAAGCGGAGCAGGGCAGGAUACAGUGAGAAGGAAUGGCCGAUAAAUGGAGGCGAUUGGGAUUUUGGCAACUGCAACUAUCCGGAAAUUAUCAUCACGGGGCACGCCGACGGUUCAGUGAAGUUUUGGGACGCUUCUGGCGUAACACUCCAAGUUCUCUAUAAACUAAAAACCGCCAAAGUAUUCGAAUCCACGAAAAACCGACUCGAUUCGGCAGACGACGACGACGAUUCGCCGUUCGCCAUCCAGCACAUCUACCUCUGCACGGACAGUCGGCUGCUCUGCGUCGCCGGAAGUAGUCAUGUUAUCCUUUUCCGGUUCUCUAAGCAGGAGGCUGCUGUCGAAUGUCCGGUAAUCGAGAUAAGCAUAGUUUACGAGGUAUGCGAUGACUCGACCACACCGGAUCACGACCAGCACCCCAUCAUGUUACCCUCCAAACACAACCUCCACCACCAAUCCGGAAGUUUGGGCUCCUACACUAACUUGGGGCCAAGCAAUGGGAAGGAUUCCAUGACAAGUGUGAAAGCCAGAUCGGGUUUGAGAAAGUGGCAGGCUGGCUAUCAACCGGAACUCUGCUGCCUACUUACGUGGCUAGACGAUGAGCCCUCUCCUCCAAUCACCAGUUUGUCACUCAACUCCAAGUUUGGUCUGUUAGCGUUUGGCGACGAAUGCGGUGUGGCCAUUGUCGACAUUCUGCAAAAAACCUGUCUUCUUAGCAUGGGAACACCAGAUCUUUACGGAUCACUGGAUCCGUAUUCGCGGGCGCCUAGAUCGCCCAAGUUGAAAUCCAGCAUAUCCACAAAGCUAUCCACACUGGAGCAUUUAUCCCAAACGACCCUAUCCGACGACUGCAAGAGUCCCACUAUGUGUCAAAUCGAUUCAAAGACGGAUACCGCGUCGAAAAAUUUGAAACACUUCGACAGUAUAGCAGGCUAUCAGACGAAUAAAACGCGUUCUAGCCAGGCCGUAGAUAAUCAAAACUCGACGAAGGAAAGCCUCGAAGGUCACAAGCCGAUAAAAAGAACAUCUAAAUCAUUCUCAAGACUCGUCAGCGGGAUAUUUUCAAAAGUGGUCGGCGUGAAUAGCGCGAGUAGUUCAGUUCUCGUGAUCACACUCACUCUGCCACCAGAUUGUGAGAUGAGGAGGAAAGAGCCCGUCAUCAUAUCACCCAGUGGAACAAUAUUCCGACUUAAAGGCUCCAUACUAGCAAUCUCCUUUCUCGAUAGCAAUGGUUCCCUCAUACCUGCUGCAUCUGAAUCUUGGAAAGACCUCGCCACCAACCAACCAACCAACCAAUCAGAACAAUCCCCCUCAUCUCGCUCCCGAAUAUCGCCCAUCCCAUCAGUUGAGAUGCCAAGCGACAGGCAGUAUUCAGUAAUCUGCUCAGAAAAACAAGCUAGAGUCAUAUCGCUACCUUCACAAACGUGCGUGUACAAGGUCAAGGUCACAGAGACUUCGUGCGUGGCAAAAGCCGAAAUUAUUCUAUUCAAAGACAGCGUAUGCCUGACGUGUUAUGUAGCGAACGGCCACAUUGUCGUCUUCAGCUUACCGACGUUGAAGCCAUUACUGGAUGUGGAUUACAUUGGUGCGCCGAACAUAAGGUUA